AUGGCCGACGGUAACGUGAGCCAUGUUGGCGACACAGAGCAUGACCCAAAAGGUGUAUCUGGUCAUCAUUUAGAGCACGGUGUCUCCGCUGACAACCAUGUCGACAUUAAUACCAAUCUGGAAGCCAAAAUCAAGAAUCCCCUGAAGGGGGUUUCUCGUGCUCAGCUGAUGCGCGAUGUCGAGGCUUUUGCCCACGAAAAGGGCUUGGUUGAGCACAUUCCAUUGUUGCGCAAGGGUGCGCUUGUCGCGCAGGAUCCCAGUGGCUACGAGAAUAUCGAUGGCCCCGAAGCACUCGAUGAAACGGAGAAGAAAGCCCUCUACGAUGAAGUUGCACACAGAUGGCGCAUGCCCUGGAGACUCUUUCUGACUAUUGCCACAUGUUCAAUCGGUGCCGCUGUGCAGGGUUGGGACCAGACCGGAUCCAACGGUGCCAACAUCUUCUUCCCAAAAGAGUACGGCAUCGAUGGCGAGGAUGCUCGCUCACGACUGAUCCUUGGACUUGUCAACGCGGGACCCUAUAUUGGUAGCGCAUUGUGUGGUUGUUGGCUCUCAGAUCCUAUUAACAACUGGUUUGGCCGACGUGGUGUCAUCUUCUUUUCAGCGCACUUCUGCAUCUGGCCCGUCAUCGGUUCUGCCUUCUGUCACAACUGGGAACAACAGCUUGCUUGCCGCCUGCUCAUGGGUAUUGGUAUGGGCGUCAAAGCAUCGACUGUUCCUGUUUAUGCUGCUGAAAAUGCACCCGCCGCUGUCCGAGGUGCUCUCGUCAUGUCUUGGCAAAUGUGGACUGCGUUCGGUAUCCUGCUAGGGACUGCCAUCAAUCUUGCAGUCUACAAUGCGCCCAACAAUUGGCGUCUGAUGUUGGGAGCGCCCUUUAUUCCAGCAGUCCCUCUACUUUGCCUCAUCUACUUCUGUCCAGAGUCGCCCAGAUGGCUCAUGAAAAAAGGACGAUAUGCUCAGGCUUGGAAAUCGCUAUUGGUCCUCCGUAACAACAAAAUCCAGGUCGCGCGGGACAUCUACUAUAUCCACGCACAAUUGUCCAUUGAGAUGGAACUAUCCAAAGGAACCAACUACGCCAAGCGCUUUCAGAUGUGCGGUAUCAACAUCAUCGCCUUCUACUCUACCACCAUUUUCAAGGACGCAGGAUACGACGAUUACAGAGCACUUAUUGCUUCUCUCGGCUUCGGUCUAGUCAAUUUCGUCUUCGCGUUCCCAGCCUUCUGGACUAUCGAUACCUUCGGGCGAAGAUCGCUACUUUUGUUUACAUUCCCCCAAAUGACAUGGACGCUGCUCGCCGCCGGAUUGUGUACUCUCAUGCCGAAGACGCUGGCAGACGACAGCGCAAACACAGCAAGAACUGCUCUUGUUGCUCUUUUCGUCUACAUGUUCGGAGCAUUUUACUCGCCCGGUGAAGGCCCAGUACCAUUCACAUACUCAGCUGAGGUGUUCCCUCUAUCGCAUCGUGAGGUCGGAAUGAGUUUCGCAGUGGCAACCUGUCUGUUCUGGGCUGCCAUCCUAGGAAUGACAUUCCCAUUCCUACUGGAAGAAGCCGGAACUGCUGGAGCAUUUGGCUGUUACGCGGGCUUCAACGCGGUAGCCUUCGUCAUGAUCUUCUUCUUGGUGCCGGAGACGAAGCAACGGACUCUAGAGGAACUAGACUAUAUCUUUGCCGUUCCCAUCUACAAGUUCGCUCAUUACCAGGUUACCCAGGCUUUACCGUGGUGGUUCAAGCGAUGGGUUCUCUUCCAGCGUGGUGCCAAACUUGAACCGCUUUACCACAACGACAACGACGAUCAUGAGGUGCCGAUCCAGCAAAGAAGCCCGGCCGAUUCGGCUGACGAGAAGAGAGCGCUAUGA